AGAAACAAAAAAAAUAUUGAACUGAAAGAAAUAUUGUUUCUCUUUGAAAAUCAGUCUCAAUGGAGGUAUUUGAGACUGAAAACUUUUACAUCUUCGUCAAUAAAGGAAAGUCUUUAUGGUGGAAUCGUAAUACAUCUGAGUUUCAAGUGAAAUGUGGAUGGGAUUUAUCUUCAGUUGGUGAUAUAGAAUGUAUAGGCAUAACAUAUGGCAUUAUUGGUGAGAUAAAGUUUCCAGGCGUUUACGAUCCACAUUUACUGAUAAUUCGGGAAGCUGCUGCUAUCGGAUCACUCGACCAGAAUCAUUUGGUGUACAAAAUCAAGAAUGUCUGUAUUUUAAGUCAAGAAGAACCUGACACUCCACUAUUUCCAUGUUCCAAGCAUAGCACAGUUCCCACAGCUCGUCCAGCUUCAUCAAAUUCAAACAGUCCACAAUCGAAAAAUAAACUCUUCGACAGCUCAUCCCAACUGAUGAAGACAUGGGGAGCAAUGAAAAGUGCUGGCAGUACGAUCAAGAAUACAACACAACAGGCAGCAACAAUAGCCACGAGUCAAGUGAAAUCAAAAGUUGGGAUUAAAGAACCUUAUAAGAAACUUGAGAAACGAAUUAGUGAAGAAUUGCACAAGAUUUUCGAUGACACAGAUUCGUUUUAUUACUGUCCCGAUGUUGACAUCACAAAUACCCUCCAAAGGAAAGAGUCGGGAUCGCACGAUGAUCGAUUCUUCUGGAAUAAAAAUAUGCUUUCUGAAAUUAUAAAGCUCAAUGACGAUAAUUGGAUUCUUCCGGUGAUUCAAGGUUUCGUUCAAGUCGAACAAUGUGUCAUUGACAAUGAAUGCUUUCGACUUGCACUUGUGUCACGUCGUUCACGUUUUCGUGCUGGAACUCGCUACAAACGAAGAGGCAUUGACGAAGAUGGCAACGUAGCAAAUUACGUUGAAACUGAACAAAUUCUUUCUCUUCGACAACAUCAAAUCUCAUUCACACAAAUUCGAGGUUCAGUGCCGCUCUUCUGGAGUCAACCGGGUUAUAAGUAUCGUCCACCACCAAGAAUUGAUCGAGAUGAUGACGACACUCAAAAAGCAUUCACAAAGCAUUUCGAAAAUGAACUCCAAAUUUAUGAUCAAAUUACAAUUGUGAACUUGGUGGAACAAUCAGGAAAAGAAAAAAUUAUCGGUGAAAAGUAUGCGCAGCAUGUGAUCACUUACAAUAAUGAGAAAUUAACAUACGUAACAUUUGACUUUCAUCAUUAUUGUCGUGGAAUGAAGUUUGAGAAUGUCACAGCGCUUAUUGAAGCAUUAGCUAUGGAACUUCAUGAUUGCGGCUUUCAUUGGCGUGACACGAGUGGACCAAUUAAAAAUCAAAAAGGAAUAUUUCGCGUAAAUUGCAUGGAUUGUCUUGAUCGUACGAAUGUUGUGCAGACAGCUUUAGGAAAAGCAGUUUUGGAGUCGCAAUUAGUAAAACUUGGACUUGCUCCGCCAAGCUCUCAACUUCCUAUCGAACUUAAAUCAAUGUUCAUGGUUUUAUGGGCGAACAAUGGCGACGUCAUUUCACGACAAUAUGCUGGGACAAAUGCUUUGAAAGGUGACUACACAAGAACUGGAGAAAGAAAAGUUUCAGGGAUGUUGAAAGAUGGCAUGAACUCAGCUAAUCGAUAUUAUCUUCAGCAUUUUGCGGAUACAUUCCGGCAGAGUGUUAUCGAUUUGCUUCAUGGACAUUUGGAAGAUAUCAGCGAAAUUUCAGCUGAUGAUCCAUUUGAUCAAAUCGCAAAUAUUGCGCAAUCGGCUUUGGUUCCAUCAAGCCCAGCGCCAAAAUAUUUUAAUUAUGGGAUUCUUGGGAAUGAUUUGAAGAUGAUCGAAGAUACGGUUGUGUUUGCAAGUUACUAUUUGGCUCGAUUUAAAGACACAUAUCGGCAAGCUACAAUUGAUUUAAUGUUAGAUGGAAAUGUAUCUGGUGAAUCAUUAAGUGCACUCAGUGGACAGCAAGUUAACGAUGAACAUGACGCUGUUGAAAGUGCUGAACAUGCGAGAUUAUUAGUUGAAGAUUGUCGAAGAAUGUUGUUAGGCUCGUCAAUGCUGCCAAUUGGUGCUUGGGGAUUAAUUGACGCUGACCCAUCAACUGGAGACAUUAACGAAACAGAAGUUGAUACAAUUUUACUUCUAACAAGUGACGAGUUUAUUGUUGCUGACUACGAUUCUCAUUUGGAUAAAAUUGUACGCUUUGAAAAUGUUCCAUUGAAGAAUUUAACGCUUGUUGAAUUCGGAUUAUUUCAACAACAACAAAUGUUUAAAGGCCCAGCACCAGCUCAUCUUUGUAUUCGUCUCAAUUAUAUGAUGGAAGGUGUCGAUGGAUAUUUUCAUAUGUUCCGAUCACCAAACAUCAGAUUCUUCAAUACAAGUUCAGUGAUUAUAAAGAAGAAUGAAGAACUUGUCGAGUCAAUGACAGCAAUUGUGGAAUUCUUUCGAAUAGCUCUUGAGAGUAUCGGACGAUCAGACAUUCCAUUCAUUUGCGGUGGGACAUUGCAGAGAAGAAAGAGUAGAAACUUAUUGCAACCACCAGGAAUUCCAAGGAAUCUCAGUGAGUCUCAAUUAGUGCAAAUUGGUUCGAAAGCUUUGAGUAAUGUUGCUGGUCAAUUCUCUAAACUUGGCCAAAGUUUGAAUCCAUCAAAAUCAAAGAACAACAAACAAAAUGCGAACCCUCCAGUUGUUUAUAACUCGACAAACGAAAGCAGUAAAGCGAGCAGUUUCUAUGUGGGACGAGAAGCGAAAGAAGAAACUGACGAAGAUUCCGAUGACAACGAAUGUUCAAUUUAUGAACCCGACUUAAUGGAUACUGUCGAGCAGAAUCCAAUUUACAAUGAAAAUGCUUUCUUACCGAGUGUUGGGAUUGUAAUGUCCAACAAUGCGCAAGAUAAUGAAAGUUCACCGGAAAUGAUGGAAAAUAAAGACACGAUGGGAAAGAAUCCAUCUGACAUUACGACAGUCUCCAUCAGUAGUGUCACUGACAACAUUCGCGUUCCUUCAGGCAUGAUAAGUCCAAUGACGAGUCCAAUGAAGUCAAUGCCACCACAGAUUAAAGUUGAGAGCUCAAGUGGCACGAGAUCAGAAAUGACUUUGAAUUUGAGUGGAUCACAAAGUGAAAAUGCCUUAAAGCAGUUGAAAACAUUGACGAGUCCAUUAACGAUGCUUGCAAAAGGUGUUCAAAGUCUUGGACUGACACCAAAGACAGCUAAUGCGCCAACUUCAAACGAUUCACCAAUUAGUGAUGCACAAAAUCUUGAAGAUAAAUGGACGGAACAUCAAUGCAAAUCAAAGUUAAUUGCACUUUAGAUUCAGUCGAAUUUUUACCUCUUUAAAUUCCUUUUAUUAUUUAGAUUGAAAACAAAUUGUGAUGUUAAAUUGUAUUGUUUUCCAUAUUUAUCAUUUAUAAUUCCAUGUAAAAUUGUUUGUGAUCUUUUCAGUUCGUUUGACGAGUGAACCAAAAAAAAGAAUUUUUAAUUUCUUUUUAUUGAAAUCGCACAAAAGUUUUCAAAAGUAUUUUAUUUACCGGAAAGUAUUAAACUAGAGAUUUAUUCACUUAAUUAUUUAUUAACAACAAAAUAAAAAUAAACGUUUUACCGCUUGUUUCGAAGAGUUGUUCAAAAUUAUAAAGUCAAUUGUGAAAUUUGGUCAGUUGACAGUUUGUGGGUAAUUAGGAAGUAAAUUACCUAAACAAACAUUCAAUUCUUGAACUAAAUGCGAAUAGUCUUUCAAGCACAGUUAAUAAAUGAGAAACAAAUAUAGUAUAAUUAACUGACAGAUGAUUUUUAUUUUGUCUCUUCCUCUUGGCGGAAAAUCAAAAAUGUUGAUUAAUCAAACUCCAUUUAAGUGUAGACAAAAAUGUUCAGAAGUCAAUUAAAUUAUUGAUCAACAACUUGUGAAACUUUCAUUCAAGGAACAAAAAUAUCUUUAAUUGAAAAAAUAUAAUAAAGCUUUGAAGGUGUUUGAAUAAGGAAAAUUGGAUCCAAUUAAAAACGAUGAUUAUGAACAAUGAAAAUUGAGGAUCAAAAUUAGUUAUUUUAGUUGAAAAUUAUAGAAUAAAAUCAAAAUAUUUAGCAAAUUUACAUUCACAAGCAGCUAACAGAUGUGAGGAUGAUUUUAGCGAAUAUUUAUGAUGCUUUAAAUUCCAUAUACACACGUGUAAGUGUAAUAAGUAAACAUUAAGAAUUACUGACAGUUUUUCUCUCAUUAAAUAAUUGCGGAAUGCUUGCCAAAAUGACAAAGAAUAAAGAAUCGAAGUGAAUAUGAAGCGAUUCGCUAUGUUUUUAUUUACUAAGUUUAAUUAUUUAAUAAUGCUGAUGACCACCAAUGAUUAGUUGUGAAUGAUUACGAGUUGUAUUUGAUUAUUCUCAUGCUUUAAUUGAAGGUUGAAAGUGAUUGGUUUAUUAUUUAUUAAUCGAGAAUUAAAUAAAAAGCAAUAAAAUUCAUGAAAC